AUGAACUGUGUCCUUGCUGCCAUCAGUAACACUUCUCUUAAAAAGAAUGUUAAAUUGAGGAACACCUGCAGUGUUUGUGUGGUCGAUUCUAAUGGGUUAUAUAAUGUAUCUUCUUUUCUCCAGGAAAAUGCCCUUGCUUCAGAUAAUGUCUUUGUUUCUUUCUUCAAUGAUUUUCUGAGUCUGCCGUGUUUCCCAGAGUCCCUGUGGUUUAACCAGCACACUGGGCUGUUUGAGAUGGACAGUGGACAAGCUCAGUCCGUGUCCCAAAACAUUCGAUUAGGUCUGCUACACCUUCUGAGCACCAGUGACCCCAGUGACCUCAUCCAAACUCCUCUGAUAGACAAUGGAUACACAGUGUGUUGUUUGGACCCAGAACAAGGCAAUAAGUGGGUCCUGAGAGAGAGGCUGCCCUUCUUCCUCAAAAGUGAUUUCUACUUUGAAUACAGGUUUGCUAAAUUGUUACUACAGUGGGAGCCAAAAUGUAGAGUUCAAAGAAAGGUGAUCAGAUCUGCACAAAGUGAAAGAAGAAAUGGCUCAUUUCCACACCUUGCAAAAUCUAGCGAAAAUAUUCGCCGUUCUGCUAGCUGCUUUGAGUUGGACCAUCCUCACCCCAUCUCUCCUUCCUCGCAAGAUCCUAGCCACAACCUCACAGACCCCUUAUCCAACACUUGUGAAGAAUCCUGCAUCAACAACUCUACUAAAUUUGAGCUGGAGUGCCUGGCUGCCACAUUGGUCAAACAGGUGCUUAAUGCAGCCAUAAGAAUAAUGGGUGGACACAACCCAGCAAAUACUUCUACAAGUUGUAAUAAGUCAGAGGAACAGCAGAUAGAUGACCCUCCUGCUAUAGACUGUUCCGCCAAGAGUAAAGUUCAACUGAGGUCACCUGCCAAAGACUGUGGUCCACAGGAGAGGGAUGACCAUAGCAGAAAGGCCAGUAAUGAGAUGGGAGCCAGGCAGGGCCUGUGGAAGAAUGGGCAUGGCAACUGUGGGAAAAGAUGGAGUUUGUUUAAGGAGUUUUUAAAAGGGACACCGGGAGAGAGACUGCUGCACCUGUGGAUGGAUAUAGAGAGGAUGAAGGUGACAGAGGUGUGGGAACGCAAGAACAGGUGUCUGGCCCUAAUGAGAAGCAGGUACCUCAUGAGCAGCAGCCAGACCUGUUUGAACUUGGAGCUUCUCACUACGCUGGGCCUCAGUACCUCCUCCUGCUGGACACAGGAGAAACUACAGACAGUCCUGCCGCAAAUCACUCGCACUCUGCUCUUCUACUGGGCUGCACGGUUUUGGACAUCCCGUAUAGCUUAUGAGGACAUGGAUGAUACCCAAAAUGCAACAAUGUGGACAUAUUUUAAUUCCACAUCUACCAUUCAGACAAGCCUGUACCGAAAUGAAACUGAUCCUCAAUACACUCCUAAUCCACACCUGUCCACUUCCCCUUACACACAUUAUGAGUUUUGUCCCAGCAGAGGACCCUUACUGGCCACUGCACAAAUGGAGAGGAUGAUCCAAGCUCUUUAUGUUGAAAAUGGUGCUGGUUUAUACUUUACACACUUCUGUGAACAAUCAGGGAAUCAGUUGUGGGUGAAUGCUAUUUACUUUUGGAGCGACCUUCAAAACUACCUUGAACUGUUUUACCAAGAUGGACUGGACCCAUACAGAGUUCAAAGGGAGGCUCAGUUGAUCUACGCCACCUUCCUGUGCAGCUCGGCCCGGAGGAGCCUGGGCAUCCAUGAGGACAUGAGGAGGAAAGUGUAUGAGAGACUGAUGCCUGCCUUUGAGGAGCUGUUUGACAACAUAGAGGAACAUGCUUUAAAUAUCCUACUAGAGCCAUGGACAAUACUGGUCAACAGAGAUGAGGAGUCCUAUCAACAGGUCCCAGUGCAGGAGGAGACUCGUCGUUUAGACACUCAGGAGUACAGAGAGCUGCAGAGUCUGUAUGAAGAAUCAGGCAGCCGACUCAAACAGGAGCAAAGCGAAUCGGUGGUUUCUGCUCCUGAGUAUUCGUCCACACUCAAAGUCCCACAGUUGUCUGAAUCCUGGUCCAAAGUAUCUUCAGAUUACAAAGGCUACAGAUUAGGUUCACUACUGCGACACAGACAUGAGGUCGGACACUUCAUGAAGUUCCUCCAAAACCAUGGUGCAGACAUCCACCUGUCGUGCUGGCUGGACUUGGAGCAGUAUCGCAGGACUCCUCAGACAGAUACAGCCCUCAGACAACAGAGGUCAGCUCACCUCGUCAACAGAUACCUCAACAAGAAGUAUUUCUUUGGAUCAGACAGCCCCGCCUCCAUCAACCAACAGCAUGAGAUACUGCGUUUGACUGGAGGCUUGGAGAGGUUAAAGCUAGACUGUCUGUCGAACGCUGCUGUCAUGGAGAUCCAGGACAUUGUCAGGAGCCACAUAGAGACAACAUGGCUGCCUGACUUCCUGUCCACAGCUGAGUUCAUACAGAGGCAGAAGGACAAGCCAAAGUUUGCGACUUCUGACCUGAGUGUUGGUGUUGUCCUGUCUGUGCAGCCUCACGCAACGAGCAGGGUCUUUAAGAAUCGCAAAGGACGGCAUCGACGCAAAGCAAGGAGAGAAGUCUGGCAGUCUGAAGGCCUGUGGAUGUGCUCGUCCAAAGAGAUCCUGUCUUUUCGGAGGGUCCUUCUCGACCCUGCUUCCUGUCUGCAGUUCCAGCACUUUGUCUCUCUGAAGGGGGACUUCUUAGAGAACGAUGUGCUCUUUUGGCUCGAGGUGCAGAGAUACAAGGACCUGUGUCACUCACACAGCGAUCAGGCCACCAUUGAGAAGAAGAUCUCAACCAUCAUCAGCGUCUUCAUCAACUCCUCUGUUCCUCCAGCUCUGCAGAUCGACAUCCCACAUGACCAGGCUCAGACUAUCCUGGAGAACCGCCACAAACUGGGACCUUACAUCUUCAGAGAGGCUCAGACGUCAGUUUUUAGUGAGCUGUUGAGGUUCUGGCCCGAGUUUCAGGAUCUCCGGAGCAGUUUUCGAGAAGAACAGCUGCUGCCACUGCUGGAGCAGAAAAGACUCAAACACCGAGCCAGAGUUCGACGACAGAGACGCAGAGAGGAGGAAGAGGAGGAGAAGGAGAGGAGGGCACUGGAAGAGCAGCAAAAGCAAGAGUCCAGCCUCAGAGAUGAGGAUGAGGAGGAUAAUGAUGAAGACUUUUCAGAUGAAGAGAAAAGUGGCUACAGAGAGACUAAAACCCAGAGCAGGUUGCAGUUCACUCCAGCUCAGGCUUUAACAUGGUCCUACUCUAAGUACAUGGCAGCUCUGAAGAGAGAGGAGAUCCUGUUGAAGAGGAAGAAUCAGCUGGAUGCCUCCUCCACUAUUUCAGACUCCUCCUGUAGUGUGAGAUCAGCUGGGACAGUCCCGAGUCAAAAACAACUGUCACUCCGCUCCAGGACGAGCAGCCAGCAGCGCCACAGAUCCAGCAAGGGAGUGAAGCCUUUUAACAUUAAGUGACCCCAAAAAUAACACCAAAGAGCAACUGAUAAACAAAGAGAAAAGAGUCUCCAGAGUUGUUGAAACGAAUGAGGACAUAGUUGUAUA